AGACAAUUAAGGACGAAUCAGGAACACCAAUAUAAGGUAAGAUACAACAAUUAGCCAUGAACACCUGUGCAAGAUAGCCUUUGUCCAUCCUUUUCCUGGAAGUAGCUUUCCAUGCCUAGGUAUUAUUCAAGCGUUUAUACAGCUGAUGGCAGCUGCCAUUCAUUCAUUCAUUCCUUGCUUUGCUCAAUUCUACCAGCAGAAUUUAAACAUCAAACCCAAUCUAGGUAAAUGUAAAAUGAAGAUGAAUAAAAUAGGGACACUGGUUUAAAUAGCCCCAUUUGUACUUCAGGCAAUGAUGAUGAGCAUUGAGUCUAUUUUUCCUAUUAAGGUUUAUUUGCUAACAUUGUUAAAUAUAAGAUGUAACCCAAUUUUCAAAUCGCUUGUUAGAGGUUGUCUGUAUACCAAGGGGAUGUGCAUUCAGCUAUAUGAUGUGAUGGAAGCGUGCUUUGUAACACUGGUAUUUAAGGAGAAGGCUGUAGACUCCCAUUGAGGCUUUGGUUACAGAGUUGCCUUUCCACUGGGACUGGGAUAUUUUGUACCUUUCAAAUUGAAGGUGACAGGAACAGACAUAAGAUCCCUGACACAUUGUUAGAGAUGCCUGAACGAGUGUCAAAUCAUUUUCAUGUAUACAUUAUGAAAUAGGUAUUUGAGUAGUGUAUAUGUACGUGUAAUCUUUUUUGUUGUUGUUAGAUUUAAGUUGGUGUGAUUGCAAAUAAUUAUAAACUUAAACCUCUCAUUUAACCUAAUUCAGCAUCGAUUCUAAGUAAGACAAUAGUAUAUUGUAAAUGCGAAUUAUUUAUUUGAAAUAUAAUAUAAAUUAACAAGAAUCAGUUAUAAUUUAUAAACAAUACGUUUUUCCUUAAAAAAAAAAGUAUAAUUAUUUAUUAAAUCAUAUGUAAAACACAAAAAAAUGUACAUAUAACGAUUACUCCGAUAGAAAAUGACGUCUGGUUUUUUUUCCACUUCUUUUUUUUUUUUGUGUGUAUUUUUUCCUUUGUAAUUUAAUUUAGUAUAAAACAAUAAUUAUUUUUUUUUCCCAUUCAUAGAUUGUAAUAUUUAUUGGUAGGAAAAAAAUUCUGAUAGACUUUUAUAUUUACAUACAAUUGAUAGAGUUACACGGUAUACUGUUAUAAAAACAUUAAACAAAUAAAACAUUUUAAAAAAAAUGUCAUCAUUAUUUUAAAAGGAAAAUAACAAAAGACAUCAAAUGAACUUAAAGGAUCCUUGCAAUGAUUUUAAAAUAAUCUGACAUAACUUUAAUAAACAUGUAAUAAAAACAAGCGAUAUUAAUGACAGUCCAUUGAUGUGAAUAUAACAGUGGUAAUAUGUUUUUUGCUGAAGAUAAUAUCCUAAAAUUUAAGAUGCAGUACAGCAAAAAUUAGAACAACGGUACAUUUUAGAAAAAUCGUAUUUGUAGGGAAUAAAAACAGUUCAGAGAAGACAAUUAAAUGUCACUAUUAAUAUUUUUUUUAAUAAAUAUAAUAAAUAAAAGAAUUAUAAAUUAAAUUCAAUAAUAAAAAUUCUUCUUUUAUGUCGUGUAUACUGUUUUGUCUGUGUUUACGCAUAGCCUUGCUGUAAGAUUUCUCAAAAUGUUUCUCUGCAUAAGUGAAAUGGGAAUAUAUUGUAUGGUAUUAAAAAAAAAAAAAAAAAAAGGACUGGGUCCAUUUCGACAAUGCAAAUUGUAUUCUAAUUAUUUAUUUACUUAACAAUUCUCCAGUGUUCAGCCCUAAAGGAUUUUAGUGUAUCUGACAUAUUCCAGAUUUUUAGAAUUAAGUGGGCUUUGCAGACAAGACAAGGAAGAGUGAUGUAAAUGAACUGUGCCUAGCACCUGCCUGGUAGGGAGGGAUCUGUGCCCCUGGUCCCGUGCAGAAGAUUUGCCCAGCUUUGCAUGAUAAAUUCCUCUUUUUGUGUGUUGUGUGUAGGAGAGAAACACGCCUUAAGAUCUGCAGGAAACUCCACGGUCUUAUAUUCUCGUGGCGACUUAAAAAUGCAAACACGUGCAUGAGAAACUGGAUUUAAGUAAGACGAAUAUAUAUAUUCCUCUUAAUUAAAAAAAAUAUGUUUAUAUAUAUAUAUAUAAACAUGGAUUUUUGUAUACUUCUUGUAAAAAAAAAAAAAUAAGAUAAAUGGUUGGAUUUGAUUAAUAUUAAAACACUGCAGCAACUGAGAAUGAGUUUCUUAAAUGGUAGAUUGGACAUCCCAUAAUUUGCUGCCUGUCUGUAUAAAUAAACUCACAUUUAAUUGUGUCACAACAAGUCUAUAUCUUAGUUUAGAUUUUACAUUUAAAAGUUCCACAUUCUUCUUCUUCUCGUGUUUAAGUUGUUCCCUGGUGACUUUGAGGCAAUAGUGACAGUUCUUGACACAGCAGAGUUGUAUGAACUAUAUUCCCCAUGACCCUCAGCCAGCCUCUUCGCUGGCUGUCUGUAUGUGAUAUAGGGUGAUUAUAGUAAGGUAUUGAAAUGUAUAUUUUAAAUACAGUAGCAAACACAGGGUUUUGUGCUGUUAGUGUGUGUGCAAUGUUAAAUUAUUGUGAAUGACAAAUUGCAGGCAAAUUGCAAGUUGUCACACGCAGAAAACAGAUCCUCUAUAACAAGCAGAGCCCAGUGCUAUUCACCUGCCAUACCAUCAGCAUUUUACUUUAUGUCCUUCAUCCCAGACCCUGUGGCUAAGAGUGAACAGUAAUAGUUUCAUUCCAUUCAGACCCAUUAACAUGCACUUCUAGUGUACAAUAUAUAUUUCAAGCAUUGCAUUCAAUAGAGGUGCAGCGAUGAUGGCUUAAUGUGAAACUAGGAUUAUGCGUUGAAAUGUCAGUGAUAGUUACUGGGUUUUAAGUGUAUUUAGAAUCUGAAUUCUUAAAUACUAUCAAAAUUAUUACAUUGCUUUAAUUGUGUGUGUGUGUGUGUGUGUGUGUGUGUGUAUAUAUAUAUAUAUAUAUAUAUAUAUAUAUAUAUAUAUAUAUAUAUAUAUAAUUUAUUUAAUUAAUUAAUUACAUGUGUUUGCUGCAAUGUAUGCACAAUGUAAAAUAUGAUGCUUUAUUGAGUGCAUUUAAGCCUGUCCACGCCUGGGGGUGCACACGUUGCGGGUGCCCCCUAUCCUGCUUGUGAUUGCACCUGCUGAUAGUAAUGGUAGUUGUAGUAGCAGGAGGGACCCGGAAGCCAGUGUGGGUCCAGCUCUGACGCCAGCCCUACGUGCCUGUAUUUCUAUACCUGUGCUGCUCAGCAGCUUUAAGUCCAGCUUCCUGCAGGCUGACUGCGAGGUACCUCUCUCUCUGCAGGAAUUAAGGGGCAUUCUCUGCUGAUACCCCCACAUCCUCCUCCAGCAUCCAUUCUUCUGUCUCUCCUUGGGGGGGUCUCCAAUCCAGUAAGUAUUUCCUUGCACCCUCUGAACACCAUCACACUGUACAUAUGGAAAAAUGACUUCUCAUUUCCACUUGGCCUUGACUGCCAAAGCUGUGUUUGUGUAGCUGUGACAAUGCAGUCUUUUCCAGAAUGACACCUCUAGGAGAUCAUUCUAUGUUUUUGGCUUUCUCCAGACCUGUGAUUACUGCUGUAAACCAAUUAGGGGCACAUAGGAUACAGAAGCAGAGAGAGGAAAGCCUUAUGUUACCCAAGGGGCUUUCUCAGGCCGAGUGAACGUUUUAAAUACAAUUCUGCAUGUGCUGAAAUAAAAGUAAAAAUUCGCAGCGAUUGCUGCUGCAGUGCAGAGCUCUGCGCAAACUGACGCAAUUGCACCGCGACUGCGUCAAAAGUACAGUAUUGAUAUUAUUUCUCAGGGAUUCAACACAGCAAGAAUAUAGAUUGCAUCAGAUUUCAUUCUUGUAGCGGAUGAAAGCAGAAGAAUAAAUAUAAAUAUAUCAUACCAGAAAUUGUAUUCUAUUUACCAAUAUUUCAAGUAUUUUAAGUCACACUGUUUUUGUUUUGUUUUUUAAAGAUGAUUAUUGGAAUAUAAGAGAAAAUUACUUUAUGUUCUGGUCUGUAAAGAUCUGGAUUUUGUUACGGCUGUGAUGUAGCUUGUGGUAUUUUUCUUUGUAUUGUCUGUUGAAAGUGGCAAAAUAUUCGCCUCUCUUUUAUGAAAAAUAUUUAUUCCAAAUUAAUGGUGGGUACCUGUUACAAUGAACUAUUCAGUGUGAUUUUCCAGUAUAUAUAGCUCAUCCUCUUGAGUCUUUUGUGACGAUUGUUGAUAAAUUAUAUCUUGUUUCGUUUUGUCAAAGGGCAUCGAUGUAAAUGUAUCAGAACAAACAGUUUAACCUUAAUCAGCCUUCAAAUAUUCUCUAUAGCACCAGCUGACGAUAUAUAAAACAUAUACACGUAUAAAGAGAUUUGUACACACAAAAAAGUCCAAAUUAGGAUAUAUUAACAAAUAAUAAUAACCAGUAUAUAUGGACAUUUGAUGCAGUUAUUUUAUAGAAAGUUGCAAGAUAGUGUGAUGGUGUAGUUAUUCACUUAUCAAUACAAUUCAUAUACCGUCUAUACGUGUAUAAUAAUGCUUGGUACACUGUAUAUGUAUUCAUGCAGGAUUUGCCCUAAUUCUUACACUAUGCAUAAUUUCCAUGUUUAGUGUGUGAUACACAGUUGAUAUAAUAUGUAUACACAGUGGGAUUCUCUGUUUAUUUAUUCUAUGAUACACAGUAGAUAUAAUGUGUAUAAUGGGAGAUCCCGUUUGUUUAUGGAUGUGUACACAGUUUAUAUAAUAUGUAUGUUAUCAAAUCCCUUGUUCACACAGCUCAUUUAAUGCGUACACACACACACACACACACACACAUAUAUAAUAAAUACAAAUAAAUAAAUAUAUAUAUAUAUUGUAAGAUCCACUGUUUAUUGAUUCAUACACAUUUGAUAUAAAGAGUAUAUAUUGCAUGACUCCCUUUUGCAUAACUCGAUACAGUUUUUAUUAUGGCUAUAUCGAGAUAUGCCCUGUUAAUAAACAGUGUAUCUUUUGUGAGAUGCUCUGUUUAUGAACAAUUAAUACAAUGUCUGUCGUGACAGUCCCUGUUAAUACACCAUUGAUGCAUGCCUUUUAUGACAUGCCUUGUUGAAUGAUACAAUGUUUAUAUAUCGGGACAUACCCUGAUAAUAUACAGUUGACACAAUAUGUAUUUAUUGUGAAAAGCUCUGUUUACAUACAAUUGAAACAAUGUGUAAAUAUUGCGACUUGCCGGUCCCUAUACAGUUGACACAAUAUGUAUUUAUUGUGAGAUGUCCUGAUUAUUAUAUACAAAGUGUAACAUCGUAACAUACCCUGUUUAUGCACAGCUGAUAAUAUAAAUGUUUGAUACCUCUGAUACAAAGUCCAUAGAAUGUGCUGAUAUUGUUUGAUCAGUCAAUACAAUGAUACAAUCUAUAUUUUUUACACAGUUUGUAAAAAUGUGUGUGUGUGUGUGUGUGUGUGUGUGUGUGUGUGUGUGUGUGUGUGUGUGUUUUGAGAUGCCAUUUAAUACACAAUUUAUAUAAUGUGCAUUUAUUGGUUUAAUGCAUUGUUUGAAUACAGUUCUGUAUAGUUUUGCUCCUUGUUUACACACAGGUGAUACAGUUUGUGUGUGCAGCAGAAUGCUUUGUUUGUGGUCUAUGUGCCUACAGGGCACUGUGAGUGCUGCCCUCUCCAGAGGAAAGCCCUGCUAAUGGGUAGAAUCGUUGUUAAACCAGCCGUGUGGAUUCAGUAUGCAGCUCCUGAGACUCUCUAAGCUCUUGCAGAAGGUCGUGUGCGAGAUUUCAUGUCCCGUUGAGUGAAUUAAUUAAAUCUGUUGCUCGUGUUUCUGCUGCUUAUAAUAUGCCAGGUGAAGGCACAAUACAGGGUCUCCAACUGGCAAUGGUAAUGUUAAAUAACCCCAUUGACAUGAAGGAUAAUUAAUACAGAAAAAUCGGAUUUCUGGGUGAAUAAAUGGAAUGUUUCCAGUUAACAGGCCUGGAACAGAAUGUUCGAAAUAAAACGGUUUUAACUUCUAUCUAAACAGUUUUACCAAACACCACUUAUCGCUCAGCUGUCUGGCUUUGAAAGUGGUUUAAGGGGCAUUAAAUUGGUACAAAUAUUUAGUUAAACCGCAAAAGCGUUAGACAUGCACUUUUAGAAACAUUAUAUAUAUAUAUAUAUAUAUAAAAACUAAAAUCACAAAAUAACUGCUUUAAAAAAAUUUUAACGGUAAGAAGAUAUAAUGAGGGGAACUCAUUUUACUGAUACAAAUGUAGAGCACGUUACGGAGUCAUCAAGCUUCCUGAUAGACUGAACACAAUUGUAUAUUUAAUUUAGAACAACUCUUGGGUCCUUAUAUCAGUCUGUGCAACACGUUCCGAUUUCCGAUUAUAAAUAACAGUGGAUUUUGUGACUAUUUUAGGACAAGGUGAUCAAUCUAUGUUUAUACUUUAGUAACAACGUUUUGAUAAAUGUAUGUAAUCAGCUUUCCCCAGUUUAGUAACAUAACUUCUAGCGAUUUAUUUCAUUCUGCAUUCUUAUAGAGGCAUUUUAUGAAGCAUAUCAGAAUACUUAUUUUGAAACAGACACGAUAUACAGAGAGUUAAUCAAUCCAUCUAUUUUCUGGAUGCUUGAAUCGUUUUCAGAUUUUAAAUAUAUACUGACACAAACAAAAUAAAAAAUAAAAGCAACAAAGACUAUAACAUUAUGAAAUAACGUAAACAGUUUAUUGUAUAAAACACAAAAAUAGAACUAGCGAUUGUUUAUGGAACCUCGAACUUAAACUAAGCAAGAAUCUACGAAUCGCUAUAAUUUGUUCAUUAAAAAGUUCCCUUAAUGAAAUCCCUGAGAAGAUUUAGUUCCCCAGGAGUGACAUAUGUAGUUGUCCUGGGACAUUACCCAAUGUCAAUCCAGCUGAGAAGGGAUUCUAACACCUAUUACCCUAAGCCAGGCAAUAGUUAGCCAGCACGGUGUUUGGUGUAGUGAGAAUCUAUGCAGUGAAAAUAUGGGGGUACAACCUCCCCCACAGUCAGAAAGGGGGUCACUAAACAUCGCUGCAAUAAAAUCUGACUCUCAAACCAUGUUCUGUAUAUGAAAGAGGUCGCUACAUUAAGAUGCUUGGGAGAUGGCCAGACAGUAAUGUAGAGUCUCCGUAAAAUACAUUCCAUUUUGGGAUUUAAUACCUUGCUGUAGACUUGGAAAUCGAUACAGGAAAGAAAAUGUGAAAAUGUUCAAUAUUGGGUUUUAUUUUGCAUAAUUUCGGUCAUCUAUAUUUUAUAUGAGAAAACAUAUUUAAUCCCCAUCUAUGUGCAAUGAAAUAUAGUUUAACCAUUGCUUGGCAUGGAUAUAACUAUAUCUCAAAAAAUGUUUCUAGAGAUUGUGCGUAUUAUAAUUGCGAAACAGGGAAUGGGUACUGUUAAGCUAAUGGACGCAUAUGAUGAAAUGCAUAUAGGACAAUUCUGGGGCAAAGUUCUAAAAGUCUUGCAGUAACCAUGGAAACCAGUGGAACGUUCCUGCUGAAAACUCCAUGUGUAGAACGUUGCCCCAGAACUGUUUGUUCUACUGUGUAUCCGUAGCUCGUUCAGAUAGAACUCAGUAGAGAGCAGAGCACACAUAUCCGGUAUGCUAUACUAGGCUCUAUAUUAGGGGCAGCACCUUUUCCUAUUGUGAGGGAAGCCUUGUGACCUCUCCUCCUGGCUGUCUCUAUCCUGUUACUUGUCCCCUCUAGCCUGGGACACAUAGCUAGCUACACCCACUGCGAGGGACAGCCCCCUGUCUCCCCCCAACACUAUAAGCGUGGCUAUUGAACCAAGGAUAUGGUUACUUACCAGAUUUCUUUAAUGUUGUUCUCUCUCAGCAGAGAUCUCGCUGCCCUUGCCAUUUUAAAAAAAUAAUACAGCAUUUAAUGUCACUGGAGAAGGGUCAGAUCAUCUCAUACAGUUUCUUCCCAUCCAUUAACUGCCACUCAGAUCCUUUUAUUUCAUAUGGUUUCCAUAUUGCAGAAGUGAUCGCCUUCACAUUUUUUUAGGGAUCCCCCAUUUCACAGCCCCCUCCAUUUUUCAGAGACCCCUCCAUAUUGUAUCCAUCCCCUCGUGGUGCCGUGGUCUCCAUCAUUUACAAAUUCAUUAACAUUUAAUGAUCCCCUUCUCAUAAUACAGAGGUCAUCAUCCAAUUCAGUAAUCUCCUCCCUCCUUAUUGCUGGGAUCUCCUCAAAAUCUUCAGUUUCCCCGUUUUAAGGAAAACCACCAUAUUAUAACGAUCUCCACCAUGUUACAGGGAUCCCCCAUAUUAUAAUUAUCUCCCCCAUAUUACAAGGAUCCCCCAUAUUAUAAUGAUCUCCCCCAUAUUACAGGGAUCCCCCAUAUUAUAAUGAUCUCCCCCAUAUUACAGGGAUCCCCCAUAUUAUAAUGAUCUCCCCCAUAUUACAGGGAUCUCCCAUAUUAUAAUGAUCUCCCCCAUAUUACAGGGAUCCCUCAUAUUAUAAGGAUCUCCCCCAUAUUAUAAUAAUCUUCCCCAUAUUACAGGGAUCCCCAUUUUAUAAUGACCUCCUCCAUAUUACAGAGAUACCCCCAAUAUUUAACGAUCUCCCCCAUAUUACAGAGACCCUCCAUAAUAUAAUGAUCCCCCAUUUUAUAAUAAUCCCCCAUAAUAUAAUGAUCUCCCCCAUAUUACAAAGAUCCCCCAUGUUAUAAUGACCCCCCUAUAUUAAAAUUAUCUCUCCCAUCUUACAGGGAUCCCCACCUAUAAUAAUGGUCUCCCCCAUAAUGCAGGGAUCUCCUAUGGUAUAAUUAUCUCCCCCAUAUUUCAGGAAUCCCUCAUAUUAUAAUGAUCUCUCCCAUAUUACAGGGAUCCCCCAUAUUAUAAUGAUCUCUACCAUAUUACAGGGAUCACCCAUAUUAUAAUGAUCUCUCCCAUAUUACAGGGAUCCCCCAUAUUAUAAUGAUCUCUCCCAUAUUACAGGGAUCCCCCAUAUUAUAAUGAUCCCCCAUAUUACAGGGAUUCCCACUUAUUGCAUGCUGAUUUAGUCCAUUAUUCCAUACUCUGAGCUCUGAACUACACAGAUCCCAUGAUCUAUUUGUCUGUUCCAUAGUGUGUUUGCUGGCCUUUGCCUCCCUAAAUGAGAACUCAACAAUCAGACCAGGAGAACACUAUAAAACCUGACAUAUAUUUAUAAAGAAAAUAAAGUUAGGUUCAGUUGCUCCUUACCCCAGGACAGACAGAGCCCUGUCCGCAGCUCCCUCUCCCCAACACUGAUCCUCUGUCUGCUCUUACAUUUCCUCCAGCAGAGGCUGGCCUGUUAACCCUUCCUGCACCGGAUUCUCUUGUCUGUACUCAUAUUUCCUCCUCUAUGAGGCUGCCCUUUGUACUGUUAACCCUUUCCUGUACUGAAACCUUUUGUCUGCACUUACAUUUCCUCCAGCAUGAUGCUUGAGCGCUGUGCUGUUAACCCCUCCUGUGCUGGAACCUCUAUCUGCAGUUACAGUUUCUCCUGAGUAAGAUUGGCUAUUUGGUCUAUUAACCCUUUCUGUGCCGGAGAAUUUGUCUGCACUUCAAUUUCUCCCAGGUUGAGGCUGACUCGCUGUGCUUAUCUCACUAAGGUACUGGGGGUCUCUAGGCUGUCAUGAGAUUUGUUCCCUCUGGUCUGUUCCCUCUGGUCUUAGUUGGUGCUGUUCUUAAAUCAUCUGUAGGCAGAAGUCAAUAUUAUGCUACUUCUAAUUUAACCAGUUCCUGCUUGGCUCAUAGUCAUUUGAUGUGAAUACAUGUUAACCCCUUCAUGAAAGCAAGUUAAUAUGUAAUAUUGUAAAGCGCUACUGAAUUUGUUGGCGCUAUAUAAAUGCCAAUAAUAAUAAUAAUAAUAAUAAUAAAAAAACACCAUACUACGGCCCAACAUCCCUGGAGAGCAUAUUGUCAUUAAGGGGUUAAGAAAGGAUUGAAAUUAUCUGAGACAGUUUGUGAUCUGGGCACACCAGCACUGAAUGGGUUAAUAGAUUACUGUAAAUGAUUGCCUGGUUCUGGUGAUGCUGGUGGUGAUACCAAGGCAAUUCUGCAGGUCCGUUUAACUCUUUCUCAUCUGUGAAUUUCCUACCGAGAUAGCUUUGUAUUUAUAGCAGGUUUAACCAAAAUUGAUACAGCCCUACCCCUCUGAAAUCACGUCAGCAGUGCCAUCUUACUUAUGAUCCAGAGGUGCCAAUUGUGUCUGGAUACACUAUAUCUUCCUUAUAGGAUCACUAUAGUAUUGUAUAGAAUUGUAUACUUAGUAUAUGAUUUCAUAGCUCUUUGUAGUACUCUCCAAUCUGAGCCCUCUUUUAGUUUCAUUCCUCUAUCGAUGCUGUAUUAAGUUUAGGGGUUCUAAGGGCACUGGAUCUAUUUCCUGAUUUAGCCACAGAGUGAUAAAGAUUUUUCAAAGAAACGAGAGAAAAAUAGAGGCUGAACGAGUGGGAUUGAAAGAGAGGGGGUGGGCUGAGAGACAGAGAGGCUGGAAGAGAAAGCGAGAGAGAAAUAGAGGGACUGAAAUAGAGAGACGGGGAGCUGAGAGAGAGAGAGAGAAUGGGUUAAAUAGAGAGAGGGGCUCUGAAAUAGAUGAGAGAGAAAGGGUCUGAAAGAGAGAGGGGGGCAAAGAGAGACAGAUGUAAGAGGGAGGGUGUCUGAAAGAGAGAGGGGGACAAAGAGAGACGGAUGUAAGAGAGAGAGGGUCUGAAAGAGUGAGGAGGUGAAAGAGAGAGAGGGGGGUCUGAAAGAGAGAGGGGGUGAGAGAGAGAGACAGAGAGAGAGAGGGGGUAGAGGGUUAGUUUCCCUGUGAAUUUGGGCGCUGAGAGUGACGUCAGAGUCCCGGCGUCUAGAUGGCUGGAGAGCAAACGAGAUAGACAGCAUCAAACGCCGGCUUUCUGUUACCUAAUUACUAACUUUCAGCCCUUUAAAUCCCCCCCAGACAGAAUCAACUUAUGUUAAAAAUAAGAAAAACAAUAGAAAAAACAAACAAACACAAACAAACGCAUUAAAUAAACAGCCCAGUCCUGUCCAGUGAGCAGAACCCCCAUGGUUCCAAAUGACCCCCCCACACACACACCUUUCUGAUCUUCGCCAGAUUAUAUAAACGAUGGGCAAUAAUAAACAAUUUCACCUUUAAUGGACAGAAAUGGCUAACUAAAGGGUUGGGAAUGAAUAGGUUAAGUAACAAUGUUUAUCUUAAUUACUCUUAGUAGUCUGUUUAAAGUUGCAGGAUUCGGUGAUAAGGAUUUAUUUGCAACUCUCUAGGAUUUAUUUUUCUAAAUUUGAUCAGUUUUACAUAAUAUUUUACGCCUCUUAAUUAUUCUCUAAAAAUCUAAAAAUCCUAGGAUUUCGCAAAUGGAUGUUAAACUCCCCCCUAUCUGCACCCCCCCAAUAAAGAUGGCAAAAUUAACUUUCCAAUUGAAAAGAAUUUGAUGACGUGUAAGAAUUCUAAACUUGCAGAGUUUCAAACCCUGAAACUGAUUAGAUCAUUUUACAUUCAAUACUGAUUACUCCCUCAUUGCUGUGUACUACAUUUAUUAUUAUUAUUAUUAUUAUUAUUAUUAUUAUUAUUAUUAUUAUCAACAAUAAUGAUACAUUUACUAUUUUAAAACCAUCAAGGAAAUUAUAUUAAAUACCAGUACAUUAAAAGUACGUUGAAUGACGAAAAUAGAGUUUUUUUUUAUAAUUUUGCACAUUCCCUCUGAUUAUCAGGCACACUGUACAUAUAAGAUAAAAUAUACCCCCUUUUCAAAGAAAUACAAACAUUUGACUUUUAAGAUGAUGUGUUCUACAGAAGGAUUAUAAUCUGCCUGACACCCUUCUAAUGUACAAGUCACAGUUAUUAUUAAAUAGUGAGCAUUCAUCUUUCCUGGCAAACUUAUCAUAGUUCAGGAGAGGUUGUAAUCACAGAGCAGGGCACAUAAAAGUGGCCUUAAAUUCCCUACAGAGCUAUCCAAAAAUUCAGUAUUAUUUAGUUUCAGUUUGUAAAAUUAGCAGGAAUUGUAAGAAGCAUUCUAACACCCAUGAUUUAUUUAUUUUUUAAUAAUCAUGUUUUAAAUCAAAUUACAUAUUAUAAAAUAAUUCUUACUUUCCAUUUUAUAAUAAAUACUGAACAUUAACGACAGAUUAAAAAAAACAAAUACAUUAAAAAAAAGAAGUAACAUCACUUGGUCACUCUUACUUGUCCAUGUUUGUAUGUAGCAAGCAUUGAGUUAUUAUUUGCAGGAUAUAUGUAAAUGUAUAUUUAUAUAUGAAAAUGUAUCCCAUUAGCAGGGCUGGCUAAUGACCCCCCCUCUCCUCCCCAGGCAUUUGAGCUGCUUGGUCUGAAUUAAGAGAAUGUGAAUUUUCAGGGGAGUGACCAAUGGCAGAGCAGGGCUGGCUGGCGGCGGCCUGUGAUUGGCUGUCCCGGUGUUAUUAGCUGUGAGCGUCUCUCUAGCCCAUGUUUAGUGAAGUGAGGCCAGCUGGCGCCAGGGCUGCUAUGGGAUGCUCCUUGCUCUGAGACUCCCUUCUGAGUAACAGCCUCCUGCCCCCUGUCUGCUCUCACUCACUCUGCAGGAGGACUCCACUUCACCUCAGGGCUUGUCCGAGCCUGCCUAUCCCUGGAUAUCCUGUAAGUACCCCAAUAAUUGCAUUACAAUGGGACCCCAUGGUUAUUUUCUACUCCCCCCUCCUCAUCCAGCACCUCUACCCUGACUCCCCAAUCUCACUCACUCUGCACGGGACAUAUUUUAUUUUAAUCUCUCAGUUUGAUCAAACCCUGCCUGUAACUAGAUGUCCUGUAAGUACCCCACUUUCUGACAACUGCUACACUGUAUCACCCCCUCCUGUUCCUGUCUGAGUUCAGCAUUAGAUCAGCUUGUUACUAGCUCCCUUUACAUCUGAUCAAAAGGAACUGGGCAUUUUUUAAUCUAAAUGACACAUUAGAAUCUUGGAGUUGCUUUGAGUCAGAGCGAUCAGGGCUGAUUUCAGUAACUCUUUGCUAUUACAAAGUAUCCAUGGAACACUCCAAUCGUUCUCUGCGUCCAGUCAGAUGGAAGGCUCCAGUGAAAUGGCUGAUCAGAGGGGGCAAGGAGAGGGUCUGAGUUGGCUAUUUGGGACUCCUAAUAGGAUUAUUAACGUGUUACUAUUAUGUAGAUGUUGUGUUGUGUUGUGUUUACUCCUACUAGGAUUGUUAACGUGUUACUGUUAUGUAGGUGUUGUGUUGUGUUUACAUUUUGCCAUUGAUGUCUUGUUCUGAGAGGGGCACUGCGAGGAAAACAGUGUAGGUCGGGUAGUUAUAGCAACAAUAACAAAUAUUGUAACUUGUCCUCGCUUCCAGGUGCUGCUGUCACCCACAAAGACUCCGGAUUUAAAGGGACUUCGUUACCUUCCACAAGGCAGAACCAAAGCGCCCAAGGAGGCGGAUUCUAGUUGGCACAGGUUGGCACCAGUCACGUUCUGAUGAUGGAAGUGGCUACAGACCAGCCUCGCUGGAUGGCACACCAUGCUGUACUCAAUGGACAGCACCCAGACUCUCACCACCCAGGACUGGCACACAAUUACAUGGAGCCAGCCCAGCUCCUGCCUCCUGAUGAAGUGGAUGUAUUCUUCAACCAUCUGGACUCUCAAGGGAACCCUUACUAUACAAACUCUGCCCAUGCCAGGGCCAGGGUUUCCUACAGCCAAGCUCACGGUAAGACCUCCCUUCACCCACCACCUUUUAUUAAAUAGAAUAAAUAUCAUCAAUACUAUGUAUGCAUGUUUAGAUGGUAGCCAUACACUGCAAUAUAAUUAUGUCAUUGUAUCCAAUCUGUGUAACACUUUCUGAGGCAAUUACACUGUGCCCCAAGCCUAAUACAGUCACAGGAGCUUUAACCCUUUAAGUGCUGGAUGGCAAGGGCCCCCCUUCACUCCUUCACAUCAAGAAUGUAUUUUUACUACAACCUCCUGCCACAGGACCCCAACUGACUAGUCCACUUUAAAUGCUUUCCAACAUAUUAUUACAAUAUAUCCUCAUCAACGUAAUAAUGCUAAAAUGUCAGGCAGAAAGUGAAAAGACUUUCACCACCCCCAAAAUAAGAAAGUGCAAAGGGGAACCCCUGAAAUAGAUGUAAACAUAAUAGUAAUAGGAAAUUACUGUCUGGCAUGUUCAUGGCAGUGCCCCUUCUCCUGGGGCUCCUUUAAUCACGGGGUCUCCCCUUUUCUUAUCUUGAGACCUGUAUCAUAGAUGCCCCCACCUUCCUCCGUCUGAUCGCCCCCUUCCCUAGUUUUCUGACUGAUCCUUGCUGAGUUUUAGGUUUCUAUUUCCUAAUUUUGGUAUUUCUCUAUACUUCCUUCCAUGUCAUCGACUGACCUUCCUAAUUCCUCUUUCAUCGCUAAAAAAAAGAAAUUAAGGUUUUACGCGUGGUUGAUAUUUACUAUCUGAUAUCACGCGUAAUUCCUCUGCCCCAUCUUUGAAAUUAUUUGCAAGUGGAGUGUAUUAGAUUUUGUUGUUUCUGAAUUAGCCCAAACUUUAAGUGACAGAAUCAUAAUUCUAUUGACUCUGUAACAAUAGACCUGAUCCUGCUGUCAGUUUAGGAAAAUCUGUCCUCUUGAGAUUUCUUAGCGUCCAAUUUCGACUCUUGUCUUUAUUUACUGCUUGUUGUGUUUAUUGCACAGAGUAUAUUUAGUUAGGUUAACAUAACGCAAUAUAUUAUAAAACAAAGAUCUGAAAUUCUAUACCUGUAUCAACAUAAUCCCAAUAUCUAAAUGAAUUAAUUAAUCCUAUAGCAACGCUUGAUAGAAGAUACCAGCAGUCAGGGCCCCAGACAUUUUAACAGUGAUCCAAACUUUGUUGAGAGUAAUUGAUCUUAUAAAAUCGGUAUGCCUUCCGAAUAAAUCUCUCUCAAUCCUAAAUUUGCGAAAUAUUUAUCAAAAUACAUCAUAUAUUUGCAACACAUCUAUGAUCUAUAUCAGGGCGGAUAGACUAUAUAUUCUUCAACUAUGCAAGGGUAAACUCGUUCUCUAUAGGAUAAGAAUGUAUAUAUUAAAAAAUAUAUACUUCAACAUAAUAUUUCAGUUUAAAAAUACUGUCUUUAUCUACAAAUAGGUAUAGAGAAUGUGCAUAGAGUGGCAGAAGUUAUUACAGUCAUUAUAUUAUAUCAUGUUAUAACUGUUAUUUGAUUUUCUAUAUAAUAUGUUCUCCAUAUUUCAGCAUAUAGUAUUAAAUCCAACAUAAUUCUUUGUGUAUCGAGAACGUUGCUCAUAUCGAUCUAUUAGGGUAGAUAAUUAAGUUAGGGAAAAAAAUAUAUUAAUUCAGUGAAAUUAUGUGGGAGUUUAUGGAAAAUAUCACAUAUCACAUUAUACAAUAUAAGAGUAUAGACAUUGAUGUAAUAUAUAUAUUACGUGCUACACUAAAAAUUCCGUAUUGUGAAAUUACUGGUGUGUAGAAGAGAAUGUUAGCGAUAUAUAAUUAUAUGUAGAUAGUGAAACUGUAUACAUCGAGAGUAUUAACCUUCUAGAGUGAUAAUCUCUGGAUAUAUCCAUAUAUAACUAUGUGCAGGUAUAAAUACACUGGACUUACUGGUUACUGUGUCCGAAUGUAAUAUUUACAUUUACUGUACAUAUAGUGUGUUAUGAUAACCGGUUAUAUAAUAUAAUAACAUGUCAAGUGUAAUUAUACUUAUAUACUGUAUAUUAUCCCUUCACCAAUGUUAUAUUCUCAUAUCCAGUGCAAAUCUCUGUAGAAGUACGGUGAAAUAUUCUAUCCAGUGAUGAUACAAUGAUGUAUCAGUUAAAAUGUGAGCUAGAUAGACUUAUUCUGCGAUAUAGCAUUGUAGUUAGCGUAGUCCUAAUUUCACCAUGUGCGAUAUAUAUAUCCCUCUACCCUCCAGGGCAGUGAUAAUAAAAUAUCUUAUUCAGUAUAAUAAUAAAGUUCAUUUUCUAUUGCUGCUAUGUUAUUAGUGAUACAGAAAACCAUUGUAUCAAUUAAUAUUCAGUCUGUCUUUCUGUUUAUCUGAUGAUAUUUUAUUAUAUUAUCGCAUACAGUAAUAUUAUAUUAUUACAUACAGUGCUAUUAUAACAUUGUAUCCAGUAUUAUAACACAUUGUAUCGAGUAAUGAAUGCUAUAGUGCGGUUAUAUUAUAACAUUGUAUUCACUAUUACCCCCCUAUGUUUGGCUGUUAUAACAUUGUAUCCACUAUUACCCUCCCCCCCCCCAUGUUUUUCCGUUUAAUGAUUGUCUCUUGUUUUCCCCCAGCUCGCCUGACAGCCGGUAGUCAGAUGUGCCGGCCGCACCUCCUGCACAGUCCCGGGCUGCCCUGGCUGGAGGGGGGGAAGUCUGCCUUGUCUGCCGCCCACCACCACAACCCAUGGACUGUCAGCCCCUUCGCCAAGACCCCACUGCACCCCGCGGCCGGCGGCUCCCUGUACCCGGGCGGUGGCUCCUCGGGGGGUCCGUCUUCCUCCCACUCCAGCCCCCACCUGUUCGGCUUUCCACCCACCCCCCCCAAAGAUGUGUCCCCGGACCCUGGCAGUGCAGCCUCCCCGGCAUCCUCCAGGGCUGAGGACAAGGACAGCAUCAAGUACCAGGUGGCCCUGUCAGAGGGCAUGAAAAUGGAGGGGGGCAGUCCCCUGAGGAGCAGCCUGGGACACAUGGGGGGCCAAACCUCCACCCAUCACCCCAUCCCAACGUACCCCUCCUAUGUGCCCUCUGCCCAUGACUACAGCAGCGGCCUCUUUCACCCUGGUAGCCUCCUUGGAGGACCAGCCUCAAGCUUCACCCCAAAACAGAGGAGCAAAAGCAGGUCCUGCUCAGGUGAGAACCCCCAUUGCCUAAUACAUGUCUCAUGCCCAUCCUCAUUUAAAUACACCUGCCAUUACCUGUACAUUCACUUCUAGGUUCUUAGAGAUCACAAGUGCUCUACAUCUGCACCAAUGAAUUGCCCAGUAGCCCUGUUAGACCAUGAUGGUCAUUUGUCCUGCAGCUGUGGAUCUCACCAUAUGUAGUGCCAAAGGAGAGACACCUUCUUUAGAUGAUUUUUGUUUGUGAAUUAUAAAGUUUAAGCCACACAAGUUCAUUUGGAAAAAAAAGUUUAAUAAUUUUCCCAGUUUAGCUAUUUUUGCAAGGUCCUCCAUUUCUCCUUAAUUUAUAAUUCAGUAAACAAUCCCAUGAUCAUAGUCACCAGCCAUUUAUAUGGUCACAUAUCAAACCAACGUUGGACCUGAUAAUUCAUUUGUUGUGUCCAUAAAAUGUGUGUAUAGAUUAUAAAGUAACCGCAUGCAAGGGGUCAAUAGUUUAAAGCAAUGAUUGAGAGAUAUCAGUACAUCCCACCAAAAUUACUAAAUUCUAAUUUCUAAAAAAUGAACACCAAUAUCUUCGGAAACAUAUUUCUACAUUAAUUUUAUAAUUAAAUGUAAAAACUAAAUUUUCACAUUUUCCUUUCUCUCCGAGCUUCUAUAUUAUAGACCUGAUCUAUCAAUCAUUAUGAUUAUAUUGGUAUGUUUAUGUCACAUGACAUCUGAUGACCUGUAGGUCAGUUAAAAUUAUUCCAUAUUAUCUAGAAUGAUCCUAUCAAGCUCAUUAAAUAGGGGGGGGGGAGGCUUAUAACAGAAGUACAGGUUCAAUGCAAAGCUGUCAUAUACAUUGCAUAUGUAAAUAAUUCUCUCUGAUUGCCUACAGAUAGAUAAUCCUAUAGAUUGAAGCUUUAUAUAUAUAUUUUUUUUAUAUAAGGGUCAUUUUUGUCAACUAUAGGUCUUUUCUAAUCAGAUGCCCUAAACUUAGACAUUGGGAACAGAAAAACAAAACACUUUAGUAGGCAUUAAAGUUGUUCAUUUAUUACAGCAGGAGACCGACUCGGGGAGAUUUGAGCAAUAUGCAGGUAUAUUAGUAGGUGGGCUUUGAAACACUGCAGGCUAAAUGGGAUAUAUUACAGAGCAUGACAUCACAUCCUAAAAUGCAGUACCUGGCUGGGUGGGUUAGUGUAGCUGCAGGGGCAAGGUAAUAGAUUAAAUAUGACACUGAACUAAUAUAUUGUACCUUUUGGGCAGGAAGCCCAGAUUUCAAAAGUGGAUGUUAUGUUAGCAUGUACUUUACAAUUCCUAUAUUGUAUGUGGGGGAGUCUACAGGGGAUCACUUUUAAAGAAUUAAGAUGCAAAGUACAAACAUGUCUGUCUAUCUAUCGAUAUGAUAGGACACGAGUCUGGUUCAUAUAUAAUAUCUAAGUACAUUUAAAGUGAAUAUCUUUCCUAACUGUGUGUGUGGUUGUGUCCACACACUAUAAUAUAUUGCGUUUUAAACUAAAUAGUCAUAAUAUUAAAAAAUUAUAAAAAAAGUUGGAAAUUAGAAUGAAUCCCAAUUUUAUUUACUGGGGGUUUAUUUAAAAAGUACUGGAAGAUAUUUGAUAAGGGGGGGGGGGUGGAUGGGAAGCAAAAUAAUAUUUAAAAAGAAAAAAUAACUCAAGGUUUUCGUUUUUUCUAAAAAAAAACUUUUAGCUAAACUAUUUAGCAAAUAGACCCUUGGCACUAACUGCAGUCAAAUUCAGUUUUAAAAAUAUUGUGUUAUUUAAUACAAAUUUCUGCCCUUAAAUUAAAACUCCUGAUUGGUACAGAUGUUUAAAUCUAAUUUAUUAAAUAUGUUCUUCAAAUAUACAGCUAUGCUCUAUUAGAAUUAGAGUAUAAUUAGGAGAUAUUGUGACCAAAUUCCACUGUACAAAGACACACACCCAAAACAAUAUAAAUACCCAUAAAAACAACCCUGGUUUAGCCUGCCUUCUUACCCCCCAGUGAAAUAUGGGAUUAACAGUACUUGAUUUAACUUAAAUGUAGGAUUAUUUUAAAUGGGGCUUCACUAAAUCCAUUUUUUAAGAAAGUUGUCCUUUUUAAACAAAGUUGUUCCUUAUCACACACCCCACAGUGUCCCUUCUCAGUUACCUGAUCACAACGCAAAUGGACUUUUACCCUGUGAAAAAGAGCUCUAUUUAACCCUUACAGAAACACAUGAGUGUUAGCUUUCAGAUCCCUUCUUACAAGAGAAUAAAUAUUUCUUCUGAAUUCCUUAUUAUCUAAACCCAGAGGAAUGAAAAUCGCAGUAUUAGGCUAUUUUAAACACAAAAUGCAAAGAAAAACAAGUUUAAAAAACAAAACAAAAUAAGUAAGCAUUUCAAAACAGAUCUUUUUACAGUCAUUGUUUUUGUCAUGCGUAAAACUAAUGAAUGUUUGCUUGUUUUUUUUGUAAUUUUUAUAUUCUUUAUUUUCUUAUUCCCACUAUAUAUGUUUGAGAGACUCUCUGCUAUGCAUUGUGUACAGUUAGUUUACUGUGUAAUGGACUGAGGGUGUUUGGGUGGUGGUGGUGGGGGGCUGGGAAUGCCAUCAUAUCUGUUGUGUUGUGUCUGAAGGACGUUGCAAAAAUAUUGUGAAUUUGUUUUUAAAGAAAGAAAUCCGGUUUCUUCGUGUUUCCAUUUAGAAGGGAGAGAAUGUGUUAACUGUGGAGCUACUGCGACCCCCUUAUGGAGAAGAGAUGGAACAGGUCACUAUCUGUGUAACGCCUGUGGACUCUAUCACAAAAUGAAUGGUCAGAACAGACCACUAAUUAAACCCAAACGGCGACUGGUAGGUGUCUAUAGCAUCCAUGGCAAUUGGGCUGUUUGGGGAUUUAACAUAUGUGUUACUGUUGUACCUUCCAUGUAAUAAUUAUUAAACUGAUGUAUCUGUGUAAGAUUUAAGCAAUGCUGUAAUUAGGAGUUUGGAACUAUGUAAAAUCCCUCUGAUAUCUACAAUAGCAACUUUCAAGUUAUUAAAAAUAAUUUCUUUAAAUUUAGUUUUCUUAGCCUUUUUACACAUAAAAUAAUUCUUAAUCGUCUUUUUAUUGUGAGUUUAUUUUUGCAACGGCUCAGAUAUAAGAUUUUUUUUCUCACCAUAUGGUAUUUAAAAAAAUAAGGGAUUAACCUGUUCACUGCCAGUUAGAGAGAUAAUCUUGCUUUACGUUUACCUAGUCUGCAACCUGGACAGGAAAGUCUCCUUGCUGGACCAAAACCUGGUGCCAUGGAAGGGGCAGAUAGCCCCACAGGGUAAUUCCUUUCCAAAAUGUUCAAAUCUGUUUACUGCCUUGGAGCAAAGAAGAGAAAAAUAAACUACUGAACUACACCCUCCCCUGAAUCCACCGCACCCCCAAAAAAAACAAGGAAAAAAUAAACUUUACAUAUUCAACGCUCAUUAUUGCAUUUACACAAAAAAAAUAUUUUAAAAACUUUAAAAAAGAAAUUAAUAUAUGUCUUGGAUGAGUACCUCCCCACCCCCCAAAAAUAAUACCCUAGUAUAAACAGACUAAAUAAUGCAUGGAUAAUGGCAUAGAAUAAUCCACGUGUAAUUAAGCACACACAAUUAAAUGAAAACAGAAAUGGGUAUAAAAGUUUGAGAAUCCCGAAUAUUUUUUUACUUAAUUUAUUUUUUAAUGUGGCUUUUAAGAGGGCAGCUCAGAACAAUACACAGAGUACAGACUGUCUCACCCAGAUCUAUGUGCCUGGUCAGCCCUGCACCUCCUUAUCAGCCUCAUAAAUCAGGGGAACACCCUGCCCUGUGUGUGUGUGUGCCUUUCUGAACAGGGCAUUGAGACAUUCUCCUUGUGUAGUCUGCUUGCUGCAAUCAUUUUCCCCUUUCCCACUCAGACAAUCUUUAGCAUUUUUUAUAAGCUAUUAAUUUUCCAUGGAGUCACCUAGAAUUUGUAUUUAGGGCCUUUUUUUCUCUCUCUUUGUUGUAAAUGGCCCCAUCUGAGCUCAUGGUCCCCGCUUCCUAUCCGGAUAUCUGUAUUGUGCUGAUAAGGAAACUUUGUAUCUCUGUUUCCGUACAUUAAAAACUCCAGAGUUUACCCUAGGCGAGGCAUGCAGCUCUCUGGACUGUUUUGAAAUGUCCAAAUGCAGUGCAAAUAAUUCUCUAGAAGGGUAAGAAAAAUAAAUAUAUUUUUUUAAACAGGCUGUGUUUUCUUGGAAAGUCUGAAGAGAAAGGGGAGAGAAAAAAAAUACUGGUUUAUUAACCCUUUGCAUCACAUGGAUAUACAAGUUCCCACCUUGUUAUUAGAGAAAUGGAGUUUAGUUAUUGGCAGGGGAUUCCUGUGAGUCAUUGUAUGUUCCCUUCAGACAAAUUCAAGAAUGUUUUUGUUAUGCUUAAUUAACGUUCAAAACUCGAACACUUAAAUUCAAAAUGGUCUGGGUUUUUUUUAUUUUAUUUUUUAGAGCCUAAAUAAAGGGUAUGUAACAGGACUUUAACACUUAGAGUUGGAGCAAUUUUAAAUAAUACAUUCAAAGAUUUGACAUAUUUAUAGAGAUCAUAUUGAGGACAUAUUGAAAACAAAACAGAUGCAAACUUAAUUAACUAUAUUUAUUUAGUCACUAAACAGUGAAUUUAAGUGCUCUGAAACCUGAUUUUAGAAAAUAAAUAAUUUUUUUUUUUUUAUUUACCAAAAAUCCACUGUUUAGUGAGUAAACCAUAAAUAGAGUUCUUGAGAAAAAUGUGAAUUAAAUUUUUAGGUCAAAACAGCUAAAAUGAAAACUGGAGAAUUCUGCUAUUUUGGCAUAAAACUUGAUAAUUCUCAUUUGAAUUACCAAAACAUUACAUAUUCGGAAAUACAUGUUGUGUGUGGAUAUAUAUGGGUAUGUAUAUGUAAAUACAUAAAUGUUGCAUCAUCUUGUAAUUAUUUUUUAUAUUAGCCCACUAAAUCCAAUCCAGUUUAUUACAACACUUUGUUUUAUAUCAUUAUAUAUAAAAAGCGCAUAUUAAAUACAUCAAGAACUGUAUUUGAAUUCUAGUAGUCAUAGCUUGCUCUGCAUUUUACGCUGAGUGACAAGUAUGCUUUUUUAAAAAAGAUGAUUGGUGUCAAUAAUAUUAAUAUCAUAUAAUCCUCAACUUCAAGUUGAUCAUUGCUCUCAAAUAAACAUUUGGAUAAAUGAAAUUCAACCUUAUUUAAUACUUUAUACCUUCUAUACUUUAUCCACUUUAGUAGAAUAACAAAUAAAUAAAUAAAAUGAAAGUUUCUGUCUGACCACGCAAAUGCUAGAUGAAUUUAACCCCUUAAGGACCAAACUUCUGUCAUGUGUCCUUAAGGGGUUAAAAUUCAUAUUUAUUGCCCUAAGUUUGUUUAUGAUUUUUUAUUUAUUUGCUCAUGGGGCUGACCACUAAUAUCCACCCAUAUUUUUUUUUAUUUCCUCAGUCAGCGGCUCGCAGGGCAGGAACUUGUUGUGCAAAUUGUCAGACCACAACUACAACAUUAUGGAGGCGCAAUGCAAACGGGGACCCAGUGUGCAAUGCAUGCGGACUCUACUAUAAACUGCACAACGUAAGUCACUCUUGCUCUGUCUUGUGGGGGUACACUGCAUGGAAGGGUAGUUGCAAGAUGGACUAUAAUUGGAAAGAGGGAUAAUGAGAAUUGCAGUCAAACUGAAACAGCUGCUUAGCUUUUUUUUUGUCCAUCUCUGUACUAUUGGUGUGGCUUGCAAGAUGCCCACUUGUAUUCAUUUGUGAUGGCUUUUCCCAUAGGGAUCCCAUCAAGCAUUCAUUGCUCUAGCAUAGCGAUGCUGCAUUCAAUGCGUUUCCCAUACAACAGCUUGGCUUCAAAUGCUUUGUGAAAUGACCUUGCAUGUCCUUGUUGAGUGCAAAGACUAGACCACUACACCACUGCACAGCUAUCCCUUACAUUGCUGUAUAAUGUGGCACAACACCUUUUCCUAGGCAUUGAAUAGGUUAAACUCAAUCAGAUUUACUUUUUUUUUUUUUUGUAUUUUGUUUUUGGUAGGUCUCAAAUAUGGUUCUGUUUUGUUAAGCACCCUUUUUGCAUUGGGAAAUUGUUGGCCAUAUAAGAAAUCAUUGUUCCAUUACGGGUGAUUAUGCAAAAGUUAAAAUAAAAAAACAACCAUUUUGAAUAGUAUUAUUAUUAUUAUUAAAUAUAUCUAAUGUCUCUUAUGUCGGCCACAUAUAGUUGUGACCUGGCACGCCUUCUCUGUGAGGCCAAGCUGAUAGCGUGUCAAUGUACAUGGUUUAAAUUAGCAUGGGGGAUGAUGUUCUUGUAUUUUGUUACAGGUGAACAGGCCUCUCACCAUGAAAAAGGAAGGAAUUCAGACCAGAAAUAGGAAAAUGUCAAACAAGUCCAAGAAAAACAAAAAAGGCUCGGAGUGUUUUGAGGAACUUUCCAAGUGUAUGCAGGAGAAAUCGUCUCCUUUCAGUGCUGCUGCACUGGCAAGUCACAUGGCGCCUAUGGGUCAUUUAAGUCAUUUUAGCCAUUCGGGUCAUAUAUUGCAGACACCAACACCCAUUCACCCUUCUUCCAGCCUCUCGUUUGGGCACCCACAUCCAUCCAGCAUGGUGACGGCAAUGGGUUAAAAAAAGAAAAACUGCUAAAGAGACACUGCUAGAGCAAGAUGGUGUUGCUUGGGUUGGUACCCAGAAUUCUUUGAGACCAUAGGCGACUCCUUUGCACCUUGAUUCCGCUACACCUUAGCAUUGGAAUUAAACAUGACAUUUUUCUUGGUGGGACAAGAUAAGCACUUUGCUCCCCCUGGACUCAAAAAAGGAAUAAUUUAAUUGCCACUUGCUGACUGAAAUGUGGUGAAGGAAAAAAGUGGAUGCAAGAGAUUUUUUUUUUUUUUUACUUUUUUUUUUUUAAUUAUUACUGUGAAUAUUGUAAAUUAUAUUCUCUUGUGAGUUGAAAAGGACCAGAGGUAGACAAUGCUGGAUUUGUAAUGCAGACUUGUUCCAGAAGGGCAACUUUGUAUAAAAAAACAAAAAACAAAACAAAAUUGAAGGUUUAAUUUUAAAAGGAAAAAAAAAAAACUAUUUAUUUUUCGCUCCAGAUUUUAUUUUCAGUCCAUCUCCAGCCUUGCCACAGUUUCAUCUAUUGUACAUUUUUUUUGGCUUCAGAAUUUCCACCUUCUUGGACAAGACCACCAUAUCACUGACCUGUGUUUAACCCCUCUGCUGCUGCAGGGCUAAUGGUGAAGAGUUUUUUGGAAUAAUCAACCAUGAAAGCAAACAUUGAAAAUUAUUUAAUGCGGUUCUUUUUUAAGUGACUGCACCUGGGCCUAGGUUUCGGCUGUUUUGUUUUUAUAACGGUUAUUUGGCCAUGUUCCCUGACAUUAUACGCACACGCCAGAUUUUUCUCAAAAUGAACAAGAAAUGAGGGGAAAAAAAUCGUUAAACCGAUUUUUUCCCCUCUAUUCUUUUGUAGUGAAAAAAAUAAGUUCUUCUUAUUUGAAAAGCAUUUCUAUAUAUUUCAAAAAUGUUCCGACACUUGGCAAAGUGCAUGAUUUAUUUUAAUCUGCAUAUGCUGAGGUUCACAAAAAUCAGGGGGGUACAGUUUUCAACUGCGCUUCUUCACGUUCUUAGCACAGACGUUUGCUAAGUUACAACAGGAAGUGGCUCAGAAUAUUGUGUUCCCCUACUGAAAAUGAAACAUGCACUUUUUAAUAUGUAUACGGUAUAUAAUUGCAUGGAAUGUUUUUGAAAAAAAUAUGGGAGAUACUCACGUUUUAGGCCGAGUAUUUGUUUUGCUGUAGGUUUGUUCCCUUAAAUCAGAGGUUGACUCUUUUGGGUUAAAGAAGAGCGCCCAUUGAUUUUUUUUGUUUUAUAUGUCUGCAUUUUUUUUUUGUAGUUGUCAUUUGUAUGGUUAUACAUGUCUGUUUAAUAUUUACUUGUGAAAAAUUUGAUUAGAGUCACAUAAUGUUUUGCAUGGCAAUCUUUUAAUUCCUGGUUUCACAUUACUCUGCUGUUCUCUGCUAACUCCAAAAAUCCACCAUAGACAUUUAACAUUUUAACAUCAGAAUUAGUCCUGUAUGGCAUCAGAAGUGUCCAGAUUUAUUUGAUCUGUAUCCAAACUGAAUUGGAAGAAUGUGGCACAAAAUUAAAUAUUUUAAGUUACUUAGCGUAACUCAAUAUUAAUGCAAAAUUAAAGCAAUUGAAACUUCAAACAUGACAUUGACGCAGCGGCUAAACAAUUCUUUUCUGCUGUAGCGCUUCUAGGCUGAAUGCGUUGGCGUUUAGAAGCUUAGCAGUUUGCACGCAGGGACUCAUGUUAGAAAUUAUUUUUUUCUUUAUUUGCAAUGCACCUUAUAUUUGGCUUAAGACAUGCUAUCUAGUAUUUAUGUGUUCAGUUAUAUUCAUUUAUGUUUAACAAAAGAACGUGAUGAAUGUUCCCCUUUUAAGAAAAAUUUGAAGAAUAAAAAAUACAUAAAACAAUUCUCUCUUUUUAAAAAGCAUUUUUUUUACAAGGGUAACAGCUCCAGAACAUUUGCAGAAUGUGUAAUCUUAUCAUUUUAAUCUGCAUGUUCAUGAGAAUUAUGAAUAAAUAUAUCCUGCUCCAUAUCUUUGGAGGCUACUUUUAAGCAAAAAUCCUGUAAUAUAAAACCACAGUGCAAAAGGACACUGAGUACCGACACAACAUGCAAUAUUUAAAUUAUAUGGAAUAUGAUUGCAUGAAAUUACAAAAGGGGGACAUUUUAUAUUUUUAUUGCAGUAGUAUUUUACUGUAGAGUAAUCACAUAAAUACGAUAUUAGCUCUUUUGUUUAAUUAAAAGUUACAUAGGAAUUUGAGUGGACAGAAGGGCAUGCCUACAGGUUUUGAGUGGUCUUCAAGGCUACUAACAAAAUUUUAGUAAUUUCCUUUUUCUACUCUUAAAUUACUAUUUAAUAUUAAGGAAGAGGUUGAUAAACAUGCAUAUUCAAGUAUUGUUUCCUGCAAAUUCGCACAAAUCUCUCUAGUCUAAAGGUUGGACUCUUGAUGUCUACUUUAGUAGUUUGGUCAUCCAUCAGGUAGAGUUUUUUGUACAUUUAAUUUAAACAGUCAUGCAGAAUUUGUUGGCACUAUAUAAAUAUACGAUAAUAACCAGGUAAAAUCAAAGGUGGAUGCCUAGAAGUGUCUAACCAUCAAAGAUCUUACAUUUCUGUCCAAUUUUGUCCGGGAUUCAAGUGCACCUACUGUAACUUCAGUUUAGUUUUUGGGGCACAGCAGACAUGUCUUCUUUAAAUGAACAUCUUCAAGUCCAUCAUGUGCCAGCAAGAAGUUCAUUUUGAAUAAAGUCUCUUCUUGGCCAUCCACAGCCCAUUGUACAGCACUACAGAAUCUGAUGGCGCUAUAUAAAUAAUAAAAUAAUACAUAAGAAAUAACUGAACCGUGACAGACCUAAAUUAACUUGUAUACAAGUUGGUAAAAACAAAUUUAGUGGAAGCAGAACAAACUGGUAUCGUAAUGGAAUGUGGAAGAGGAAUAGUUGAAAGCCAUUGCAUAGAUAUCCAUCAACCAUUUAUUAAAAACAAACAUGCAAAAACAAACAUGCAAAAACAAACAAAGAAAACAUAGGCAGACACAGAAUGUUCUUUCCAGUGUGAAAUGUAAUCUAUCAUUUUGUCCCAAAGCAUCUUUUAUGAACAAGUUCAAUAUAUCAUAAUGUAUAUAAUUACUUUUAACGAAGAAGAAAAAUAAUUUCUGGGUGAGAGAAUAUUACGGAUUAACCAAUUUUACGUGUAUUUUGUGGCAAAUAAAGUGCUAGAAAAAUAAAAACACACCUGUAAUGUACAUUUCUGUUCUGACAUAUAUAUAUAAUGCAGUUAUUUGAUAAUAAAAAGUAUAUAAAUAUAUAUAUAUAAAAAAAAACACCAGGAAGAGCCAGACAGUUUUAAUUAACCCUUAAAAAAAAAGGCUGCAUGGCAGGAUUGUCCAUGUCAUCAUGGGUUAAUAUUCUUUUUUUUUUAAUUUUAUUUUAUUUUUUUUAAGAUAUGUGAAACUUGGAAUUUUUUAUUUGUGAUGGAAAGAUGAAUUGUGCCAGGUGUGGGGGAAGUGGUCCAAAUUACGUUUAACCACUUUGAAACCAGAGAAGCUUGCAAUUUAAUGAGCUUGUGCUCUGGAUGCAUUGGGGUUAAACUUUCAUGGUACAAGUUGUAAAUUGGUUUUGUACCUUUUUUUUCUAUAGGGGUGGGCUAUGGGACAGGUUACUGAUACAAGAGAAAUUAAAGUGCAAUAUCUUGCCAGCCUGUGGGGUUAACCUCUGCAGUCCAAAAUUAAAUUAUUUUGUAUCAGUAUCUGCAUAGAAUUCUACAGUAUUUUUUUCCGACUUGUUUAUUUUGAUUUGUGUCCUUAAGUUAUUGUCAAUCCUGUACACCAUGUUUAUAUAUUGUCUGUAAAAAGUGUAUGCUAUCCUCUUAUUCCAUGAAGGUGAAUAAUGCUAAAAAAAUAAAAUAACUUUUUUGUGGAAA